AUGUCGGAGGAAGCGGCCGAGCGCGAUCACGGGAGCCCAGAACCACUGGCCCCUCGCUGCGGCCCGGACCGUGAUGAAUGGGAAGCCCACAAGGACCGUAUCGAACUACUUUAUUGCGAGCGCCAGCUACCUCUCAAAGAUGUCAUACGAAUAAUGCAAAAGGAGCAUGGAUUCCACGGCACCGCUCGAAUGUACAAGGUGCGAUUCAAGCAAUGGGGGUUUCGCAAAAACUUGAAGAAGUCAGAGACGUUGGACGUGUGGAGUCAAGCUCAUGCAGGGACUGCUCAUCUCCCCAUGAUCCGAGGUCGACAUCUUGGCCCUAAGCGUCUCAAAGAGCAAGUAGACAGAUUCAACCAGCGGAAGACCAUGAAUACCUGCGAUGGAGUGUCGCCAGUAUAUAUUAAGUCUCCAGAUGCUCUGCACCAUCUGGACAGUGCGCUUCACCAGAUCUGGAGAUAUACAGAAGGCCAUUUGUCUAGUAAACACUGGGAUCUUACGACGAUAUUCUCAUGGAACGAUGAGUCACUCAACUGGGGAGUGGUGCUAAGGGAAGCGGCUUUCCAGCUGAGUGCAGAUGGUGAUGCGCCAAAGGGCUUUGAGCUGCUCGAUGAUGCUUGCGACAAGUUUCGGGACGUGGCGAGAAAACAACAACCGCUGCUACUCUGGAAUCUGAUUGUGAGCAUCACGGAGAUUUCCAGUGCCGCCGAUCGCCGAGUGAUUGCCAGCUUUACCAAUUACCUGGUGGCCAUGUGCACCAUCGAGCUCGGCCCCAGCCAUCCGCUGACCAUGUUGUGCGCCAACCUCAGAUCAAUGGACCGCCUCUCCAUGAGAUCAUAUGUUGCGUCCUUUCUGGGCGCACAGCUGGACUUGCUGAGUAAACAAGCCCAACGUGGCGACGUACUGGCCGUCUUCAUGAGGAUGAUCACCUCACAAUGGCUCAACGACAUGGGGUUGAUCCUCGACUUCUCCUUUGCAAGAAUGAUAAGCGACGUCUCGACCGAGUUGAAGGCCAGCGAAAUGGUCAAGGCUUCAAAUUUUGGCCUGGGUGUCGCUUGGGGAGCAUUACUGUUGACACAACGACUGAUCGCCGCGGGACGACUCGUUGAUGCUAAUGCGCUCCUCGCGUGUGUCAAGCGAUGUGCGGAAGAUCUAGGUGGAGAUCCCGCCCUCAUGUCGGAAUAUACAAAACUGAAAGCCACGUUUCAAGAGGACUCGAUCAAGCUGGAAUAUGAUGAUGCGCACUUUCAAGGUGACGCUGGAGAGACGGGUAUACCGGGCCGGUAUUUACCUCCCGGCUCUUCUCGACCCCAUGAUCUGGAUAGCAACGCCGAGCUUCGACAUGUACUCAAUGGUCUGGAGGCACUGAAGAUAUACAGAGGGGCAUGGCCUGUGAGGUGA